GUGGAACAUGCUUCACGUGAUGUUUUAUGUCAUUCGACGUCUGCAAAUUUUGUGUUCGUCGAUUUUUCACGCGGAUCUUGAACGUUUGUUUUUCUGAAAUCGAACACGUGGGUUCUCGAUGUGUCGCUUAGAUUUUCGUGACAACGAGAGACAUUACAGCUAUAUUUAAAAUAAGAAGUAUAUUUUGUGGUUAUAGCACCAGUGAAAAGUUGUAUUAAGCUACUUAACAUCAGUAGUUGGUUUAAUAUCUCAUAUAGGUUUUGUGCCAGAAAAGAAGAUAUUGUAAACUAAAUUUCUUUGUUAUAUAUGUUUACAAUUCUGAUAUGUUAAUAUGCAUCAUUAAUUAAAUUAUGGAACGUGGAAAGAGAGCAUCAUCUGCUGAAGCAGAACCAGAAGUUCUUGAGCCAGUUUUGAUGAGGCUGGAUAAUGAUGAUUGUAUACAUAUUGACAAGAAUGAGUUCAAGAUUGGCCGUGGUAAGGACAACGAUGAGAUUAUAUUAGAUAUUAUGAUAUCCAGAAGGCAUUGCAUCUUCAAAUGUGAAGGUGACGAGUGGGAAAUCAAGGACUUAAGUUCCUCUGCGACAUUCGUAAAUAACGUUGUCCUUCUCCCUGGAGUGACACAAAAGAUUUAUCCCGGUGACAUUAUACAAUUGAGUCCCAACGAAACAUUUAAAUAUAUAUUUACUUUCGCUAAAAAGGAACAUCAGGUUAAGAAACCACGUAUAGACGAGAAGAUACUCGACACUGUUCUUACUAAGCAAAAAACAUUUGUCGAGAGUCAAGAAUGCCAGAAGAAAGAACUCAAAAACAAGCUCGAGACAAAACAAAAAGAACAGGAUGAAUUGAAGCAGCAGCUAGAAGAGCUGCUGUCACAACAAACCAUCGUUAAAAACGACAAGGAGGAGUUGUUGAGACAAAUUUCAGUACUGGAAAGCAAAAUCGAAGCAGGUAAUGCGCAAGAACAGCAGUUACAGUGUAUGUAUUCACAGUUAUUGGAAACAUUGGAGAGCGACAGGCAACAAUUCGAGGCAAGGAUAAAUGAGGAAAAGCAAAAGUGGCAAGAGGCGUUAAACAUGAGCAAACUGGAGAAAGAAAUGUUAGAGGCGAAGAUGAAGGAGCAGAUGGAGAAGUGGAGAGAGGAGCAACAGACAGAGUGGAGAAACAUGAUGGAAAAUAAAGUGAAGGAGGAAAAGAAUAUUCAGGUCCAAUUGAUGAACGAGAAGACUAUGCUGGAGGAGAAACUGAAGGAAACGGAAAAGGCAUUGAAGGAACAGGAAGCGAAAGCAGAAACCUCGCAAGCGGCAGCAAACGCAAACAUAAUUGGCACCAUCGAGAGUGGAGCGGAGACCUGUAUAUUCGUGGAACUCGUCAAUGUCGAUCAAUCUUCAGACUUGCAUAUAUUGGACACGAUAGAUCUGACUGGAUUAAAUGACGAUGCUACUCCUAAAGAGAACAUUCUCGACAAAGUGACCGAUAUUAUGGAUGAGCAGCUGACGUGCAGCAUAUGCUCGGAAUUAUUCGUGAAAGCGACAACGUUGAAUUGCACACACUCAUUCUGUCAUCACUGCAUAACUAUAUGGAACAAAAAGCGGAGAGAAUGCCCCAUCUGUAGGAAGUCGAUAAUAUCUAUGAAUAAAUCGUUAGUUUUAGAUAAUUUUAUAGAGAGUAUGAUUGAGAACUUGCCUACUGAGCUCAAGAAUAGAAGAAAAGAGAUCAUACAAGAAAGAGAAGUAAUAGAGAAGAUGAAGCGCCGUUAAGUGCGACAAGAAAAGAGAUGUCCACAUUACAACUGUAGUUAUAUUGCGAAAAAAAUAUUUAAUAUAUCAUUAUUCAGUUGAUAGAAACGAUUUGCAUAACAAAGUUGUAUUUUAUUUUUACUAUCAGCAUUGGUAAUACUAAUUCUGUCUUUGUACAAUAUUUCACGAUGGAGAUAGAAUAGUUUUGCCAAACCCAGUGAACAGCAAUGAAUAACAUAACACGGCCUGGAUUUUUAUUCAUAUAGUUAUACUCGUUACUGUACCUGUACAUCUAAGAAUUAAAGUUCUAUUUUUAUAAAGAAUUUCAGAAAUAACUUUGUUUCAUGAUUUUGUUAAUUAGUAUUGUUAUUACAUUGUAGCUGCAAGUGUAGGCGUGAUUAAUGAAAAAAUACGAUUAAUUGAAAACUCUAAAACUUAUUAAUUGUCGCAUACAUGUAUAUUCUUGAAAUAUAUCUUUAAAAAAAUUAAUUUUUAACUACAUCAGAAUCGGUUAUGAUAUUUUAUAUAUUCUAAAAGAAAUUUCUGAAAACAAUGCUUGUAUAAUUAUAUCACAAGAGAAUAAAUAGAAAGUUUGCUUCUUUUAUU